ACAGCAUCCUCAGCAGCAUCUGUGGUCUUAAAGCUUGAGGGAAGGUGGAUGGGUGACACUCAGGUGGGUCACCUGGCCCGUACACUAGCUUCUCCCUGUGUCUUCACACUUCCUGAGAAGAAAAGGUAGCUUUCAAAAGUUCACACAAUGGGUUCCAGCUCUUCGUCCUACGCUCCUAAGACCGUCUAUCUGGACGUAGAUGGAAAAGUUCAGAGGGUCAUUUUCAGUCGACACUGCAGUCCGUGCGACAUCCGAGAGCUGCUUUGUACGUCGUCCAACAUCGCCAGGAACACAGCUAUACUUUUAGUAGAUUCAGAGGGAGCGCUGAUAUCUAUUGACCCCACCAUGCCUACAAACACGCCUAACAACUUGUAUAAAGUAAUGCCCCAUUCCAGUCAAGGAGGAGAAAAAGAAGACAUGUUCCAGAAUGUUCUCUCCCAAGUGGCGGAGCAGUUCAGCCGGGCUUUCAGGAUAAAUGAGCUGAAGACGGAGAUGACCAACAGACUGGCCAUGCUGGAGAAGAGGGUCGAACUAGAGGGCCUCAAAGUGGUAGAGAUUGAGAAGUGUAAGAAUGAUCUGAAGAAACUAAGGGAUGAGGUGACCUCUAGAGGCGGAGCAAGAGUGAACUGCAACUGCAAGUACAAUUUCACAGAUGAUGGAAAGAAACUCUCUCCCAGACGUGAUGUUCCGAGUUAUCCAAAGUACACACUUUCCCAGGAGACUAUAGAGACUCUCAAGAAGCCCACCUUUGAUGUAUGGCACUGGGAGCAUAAUGAGAUGCUAAGCUGUCUGGAGUACAUGUAUCAUGAUCUCGGCCUAGUAAAGGAGUUUAACAUGAACCCCAUCACCCUUAAGAGGUGGCUGCUGGCAAUCCAGGAAAAUUACCGUGACAACCCCUUCCAUAACUUCCGUCACUGUUUCUGCGUCAGUCAGAUGAUGUACGGAAUGAUCCACUUGUGCAACCUCCAGGAGAAGCUGACUAUGACUGACAUGUGCAUCCUGAUGACGGCAGCAGUGUGCCACGAUCUUGACCAUCCAGGAUACAACAACACGUAUCAGAUUAACGCUCGGACAGAGCUGGCCGUUCGCUAUAACGAUAUCUCCCCCUUGGAGAAUCACCACUGUGCAGUGGCCUUCCAGAUCCUCGCCAUGCCAGAGUGCAACAUUUUCGCCAACAUCGAACUUGAGUCCUUCAAACAGAUACGACAGGCCAUCAUUACUCUUAUUCUAGCCACUGACAUGGCCAGACAUGGCGAGAUACUAGACUCCUUCAGGCAGAAAGUGGACAAUUUCGACUUCACCAACGAGGAGCAUGUCAAAUGUCUGAAGAUGGUCUUGAUCAAGUGUUGCGAUAUCUCCAAUGAGGUAAGACCAACCGAGGUGGCUGAGCCAUGGGUGGACUGCCUGCUAGAGGAGUACUUCAUGCAGAGUGACAGAGAAAAGUCGGAAGGUCUUCCUGUUGCUCCUUUUAUGGACCGGGACAAAGUAACCAAGCCAACGGCACAAAUUGGCUUCAUCAAGUUUGUCCUCAUCCCAAUGUUUGAGACAGUCAUGAAGCUUUUCCCUCAAAUCGAGGAGAUCAUGGUGCAGCCGUUGCGAGACUCUCGAGACCACUACGAAGAACUAAAACAGAUCGACGAUGCCAUGUCUCAGGCCCAGAAGAAGAAAACCGAGAGCAUGUCAUUAGGAGGAAAGAAGAAAUAGAUUCUGAUUCCUUGUCGAUAGAAGAGAAGUUCAUCAUAAACAGAAGUCUCAUGGCCAGAUGACAUAGCCUGGCUUUGUUCUGGUGUCCCAUGUGCCCUUUUUCUGAGAUGGAGUGAGCCUCUCCUGCAAAUCUCGCAAUCCUCGAACACCCGCUCUGAGAGGACAGAUUUCUCCACACCAGAUAGAUAAAGUAAGAUGUGAGCGAAGCCUUAAGAAGGCAGUGAAUCCUUAGUGUUUGAAGAUUCUGCAGCACGUUUUAUACGGUAAGACGGUAAGAAGAAUAAACUAAGAUUUAAAAAAAAAAAGAAAAGAAAAACGAACAUAGUUUUAAUGUAGUAAUAUUAGCCAAUUGGCAUUUCUAUAUCUGUAAAGGGAAAAUGUUCACCUUAUUUAAGGGGUAUUAAAAGGAAACAAUCAAAUGGUUUACAUUCCUGUGUAGAUUUAUGUAAGUUUUUGACCAUCAAGUCUAAACUGGGGUGUGAGAGUGAGUGUAGCGACGGUGCAGUUAGAUAUCUACAAACACCAAAGAUUUGAGCUAACAAAAGAUGAACAGACAUUUAUUUAUAUAACAUAUAUUUACCCAGGUUUACUUUCUUUAAUAACAAGACACAAGGUUGAUUACACUGAUAUGCCAAAUAUUGAUUACUAGAUGGACGGUUUAGUUCAUAGAAACCUUUCUUUGAGAACUGGGCCUCAUUUUAUACGUACAGCAUAUGUUUAAAAAAACGAUGUAUUUUUUUAAAUAGGAUGAAAAAUCCUGAAAGAAAUUGAUUUACUUAUUUACUUGCCUGGAAUUGUUGAAUCCUCAAGGUAUUAUAUUACUUUACUUUUCUGGCUGCAUUUAACCAAUAAAGUAAUUAAUUAUAUAGUAAACCAUGUCAAAGCUCACACCAUAUAAUACGGUUGAAUUUAUUUAUGCAAUGAAAUGCAUUGCGAGAUGUAGAAUAUUUACACAUUUUCCCAGUAGAGUGUAAAAGCUCUUGCAAAAUUGUUUUUCUUUUUCUUUUUCUUUUUUUUUAAAUUAACCUUUUGCUUUAUUAUUUAUGAUAUACAAAUUUUGGAGCUGAAAAGCUUGUCAUCUGAAUGGGUGAACCUCAGGUACGUGGCAUUAUGUGGCAACACACCUAAAACUUACCUGAUAUUUUGUGUUGAAAUCAGCAGCAUUUUCUAAUUGGGUCGCUGUGGGUUUUACGUAGGAGAUCAAAUAUUUUUCUGUAGCACGUGCUAGUACUGUAAACAUGUGUUGAUUAAACGUGCUGGAAGAUAGCUGUGAGUUGAAAUGUUGGCUAAGUCAAGCAAUAAAAACCCAUCUUGUGUUUUCAUACUGAGCCUUUAUUCGUCACAUAUACAUUACAGCACUGAAAUUCUUUCUACGCUUUUUGGAAGUUGGGGUCAGAGCCAUGAUACAGCGCCCCAGGAGCAGUGAGGGUUAAGGGCCUUGCUCAAGGGCCCAACCCUCAUCAACCCAGAGCCUUAACUGCUUGAGCUACCCUUGAAUGAAUCACAUUCCACUAAUAUAAAUAUAAAUAAACUGGACUCUAAUUACUGUUUUGAUGUUUACGCUUAAGAAGUUUUAGAAAUUGAUAAUCCUGUAUGUGGCUCUAAUAAAUAGCUGGAAUAAUUGUAUAGCUGAAAAUAAUGUUUCAUUUUUGAGCAGCUGGAUUCGAGAAAUAAGAUGUGUAAUGAGGGGGAUUGAUUAAUUGAUUGAUUGAUUGACUGACUGAUUGAUUUUAAACAGUUGGCUAUAUAUGUUCCCUGAUGAUAUGACCCCCCCCCUUCCGAAACUGUUUUGAUCAAAGCACAACAGUGUGAUCAAAUCACAUCUGGUGACACAUAUAAUGCCUUCACUUUCAGUCUGCUUGUGAUCAGAUCCGUCCACUGUGAAAACCAGACCAGACAAUGUGAUUAACUUCUUUUCAAAGUAGGUAAAAUUCUAACAUCAAGUACAGUCCAAAUUCAGGGCAAUGAUCCCAUGUGCCUUUUUAACAGGACUCGGAUAAGACCUUCAUAAAAUGCAGUCAUUCUGAUUUCUCUCCAAAGUGGAUUUAGAUUAGACCUGACCACGGAUUUUUCCAUUUUUCAUUCUUUCAAAACAUUCUAACACUGGUGUAAAAAGUGUUUUGCUUUAGAUUUUCGGUCCCGAACAAACAAUGGUGUAAUGUGUGUUGCUACAAUAAUGAAUAUAUUCACUGUAACGUAUAUAAACGGGAAAAAACAGUGUGGCAAAGAGGAGUGCCAAGUUCUGUGUCCAAAAUAAAGCGACAGCAGUGUGUCAGAAACGUAUGUUUAAACUUUAAACCUGUUUUUAUGCGGGCUCUUAUCUCCCAGAUGGGUUUGACACCUUCACUAUUGUCUAGAGAGCUUUUAAAGGAAGUAAUUCGAAAAGAAAACAAUGGUGUUUGAACAAAGACUGAAGACAAGGUCUGUUUUUUGACUCUCUCUCUCUCUCUCUCUCUCUCUGUGUGUGUGUGUGUGUGUGUGUGAGAGAGAGAGAGAGAGAGAGAGAGAGAGAGAGAGAGAGAGAGCGAGAGAGAGAGAGAGAGAAUGUGACAUUUCUAUUCAUGGCCAGCAGAGGGAGACAUUUUCCACUGAGCAUCCCUGAUUAUGUUGUUUUUGAGAUACAGAUUUAAUGUUUUUAACACAUGCCCUUUAAUUUGCCCUGUCAUUUCAUCUGAAUUAAUUCCCUUCUACAUUUUAUUUUUUAAAUACAAGAUUAUUUUUUUUCUUAUUUAUUUGUUUUAUUUUAUUUUUAAAUAUAACUUGAAACAUCUGUGUGGUGUUCUGGGAAAUCCUUUCCUGAGACAUUUUCUACGAAAGACUUUACUGAAUUAAAAAUUUCUGUAUCUCAUUCAAAUGUAUUUGAAAAGCUCAAAAAGCACGAAAAAAUAAUGAUUAUAUUUAUAUAUAAUAUAAAAAAAAUAAUUAUUAUAUUCAUAUAUAAUAUAAAAAAUAUUUAUUAUAUUUAUGUAUAAUAUAAAAAUAUUUAUUAUAUUUAUAUAUCGCCGCAGGCUUGCUCACUAGGGAUGAUUUUGUCCAACAUCUAGGACUUUUUACACUAUGUUUUUUUUGUUUCCUAUGUUCUGUAAAGCUGCUUUGAGACAAUGUUCAUUGUUUAAAACGCUAUACAAAUAAAAAUGAAUUGAAUUGAAUAUACACUACCAGUCAAAAGUUUGGACACACCUUUUAAUUCAAUGUUUUUUGUUUAGGGAUUUAUUUUCUACAUUCUAGAACAAUACUGGAGAUUUCAAAACUAUGAAAUAACACACAUGGACUUCAGUAAUCCAUAUGUAAUGACAACAAAAAACAGUCACUUGUUAUUUUAAGACACGAAGGUCAGGUGUUCUGGAAUAGUUCUUGCAAGAACAGUAUGGUCAAGUGCAUUUGCAAAACCCAUCAAGCACCAUGAUGAAACUGGCUCACAUGAUGACCAUCCCAGGAAAGCAAGACCAAAACUGACCUCUGCUGCAGAGGAGAAGAUCAUUUAGAGUGACCAGCCUCAGAAAUCACCAAUUAACAGCACCUCAGAUUAGAGCCGUUAUGAAGGCUUUACAGAGCAUCAGUAGCAGACAUAUCUCAAUAUCAACUGUUCAAAGGACAUUAUUGUGGAUUUCGGCCGCCUUCAGCAUUGUUUUACAACGUAGAAAGAAAUAAACAUCAGGAAAGACCAUGGAAUUAGAAGAUGUGUCCAAACUUUUGACUGGUAAUGUGUGUGUAUAUAUAUAUACAUGUAUGUAUGUAUGUAUAGGGUUUUUUUACACUGUAAAUUCUGGUUAGAAAUAAGUUAUUAUCCUCAUCAUCCUCAUCUUCGUCAUCUCUUCACUCUUCUGAUCUCUGAUCGUCUAUACUUUAGUUUACUUUUCCCACUGUAGUUUGUGACCCUGUGUCCAGUGUCAUUUAUUUUAAACCAAAAGCCUGUAGUUUCCAGGCAGGACGUUCUUGUCCACUGAUGUGAAACGAACUAACCAACUUCCUGAUUGUGUGCACACGUGCGUGUCUUUUUUCCUCCACCUCAUUAACCUGCAAGGGAUAAAAAAAAAAAGCUAUAGAUCUCUCGAAAAAAAGCUGGCUGAGACUUAGAAAGAUAAAGAUAGAAAGAUAUUCCACACUAUAGCUCAGACCUUAGUGGUACAUGUAGGACCGUGCAAUAUAAUACGAAACCAUAUAAAGUCAUAAUAAUAAUAAUAAUAAUAGUAAUAAUAAUGGCGUCAUCCAGAUCAAUUAAAGUGACGUAGAAGCGAAUCACUCCAUCACUCCAUCACACUGCUGUUACAGACGCUGCUGAUUUACGCAAAUGCAUCUCAGCCAAAUUCUUUUCCUCUCGAUUUGCAAAAUAACACAAAUCUACCAUUUGCAUCCGCAUCAUUUUUCUAAAAUAAAUGAUAACCGCCAAGGCAUUUGCACAGUAUGAACCAGAGAUGCACACUCGCCUUACUCCCCGAUCCUGAUGUGUUAUGUAAAGUACAAACUCCUUAAUCCCUUUGUAUACAAAUCCUCUGUGUGCAAAAGUUUGCAUAUCCUCAAGACAAAACAAAGGAGACAAGGACGGUUUAAUUGGCAGCAAUAAGACAUCGAGUUAUGAUAUCCGUAGUGACAAAAGAUUGUCGUCUAACUUUCUGAACGUGGCAGUAGUGGGCACGUUUAUUUUUGCAUUUAUAGCUGUCUAAACACUCCCCUGUGUGAACAAAACAAGGGUUAAUUUGAUGUGAAGCAUCAUUUCUGUUCCCAUCAGCAACUAAAAGUAUAACUACAAAAGAGAAAGCACAUCCAGGCAGGUUCAACAAGACCCCAGGUAAGUAUCUGUCAUUUUAUUACACAUAAUAUUCACUUUUCUUUAUAUGACUUUGUUUUAUUAACCAUUGUUCAAUUAUAUUUAAUAUUUACACAGAUCAGGCAUAGCAUUAUGAGCACUGAAUAAGACUGAUGAUCUCCUCAUCAUGGCACCUGUUAGGGGGUGGGAUAUAUAUUAGGCAGCAUUUUGUCCUCGAAGUUGAUGUUAGAAGCAGGAACAAUGGACAAGUGUAAGGAUUUGAGUGAGUUUGACAAAGGGCCAAAUUGUGAUGGCUAGACCACUGGAUCAGAGCAUCUCCAAAACUGCAGCUCUUGUGGGGUGUUCCCGGUCUACAGUGGUCAGUAUCUGUCAAAGUCAUCCUGAAACUCACAGGACUGAGAGGACUGAGGACUCAAAGGAUCUGCUGCUAACAUUUUGGUGCCAGAUACCACAGCACACCUUCAGGGAUCGAGUGGAGUCCAUGCCUCGAGGGAUCAAGGCUGCUUUGGCAGCAAAAGGGGGACCAAUACAAUAUUAGACAGGUGGUCAUAAUGUUAUGCCUAAUCAGUGUAUAUCUGAAUAUAUUUGCUAACAUAUUUCUUUUGCUCAUCUGCUUGCCUUCCCACAAAUAUAGUACGUUGUUUAAAUUUUUAACCUCUACCUUAAAAAGCAGCUCAAGUGUCUUUGGAUGGUCUGAAACAUUACACGAGCUCCCUGCUGGGGAAAAAGGAUCCCGAAGAACUUCACAUGUGCUCGAGUCAUGCCAUGUCUCUGAAAGGACAUCAUGUCAUAUGUGGCACGAACAACAAACCUGAUGCAGUGGUGAAUGCUUUAAUGAGAACUUUGAACCGGUCCUGACUGCAGACUCAACUCUUCACUCACUACACAUUUGUUCCCCUGUUGACCCUAAACACUGUAAAUUAUUCGCACAAAGACUUGCAGAGAGGCCGGGAUUCUCUUACAGCCAAAGCUCUGAGUAAUGCAACUGUUCACUAUUACAAUAAAAAGAUACAUGCAAAUAUUGAUUAUGAUAAUAGUAUAAAUAGUUUAAUAAUUAGGUAAUAAAUUAAAUAUUAAAUGAUAAUCUUCACUAUUAUACAUACUUUACAUUUGAUUAGAUUUCUGAUUUAAAUAAAAAUUUAGGCAUCAAAUAUGUGGUAUAUACUGUAUAUUAAAUAAUGUACAUAUGCUCCUACUUGGUGGUUGCCACAUUUGCCUCGCACCUCCAGGGUUAGGGGGUUGAUUCCUGUCUUUGUCCUGUGUAUGUGUGGAGUUUACAUGUUCUCCCCGUGCUUCAGGGUUCCCUCUGGGUUCUCCAGACUUACACUGUAAGCUGAGUUAUUAAUAUAACUUGAAUUAAUGUAGCUUAACUUAUACGUUUAUUUUUUGUCACUUUAUUAUGUUUGAUAAGCGAGUUUUGCACUGGUCACUAAUGUACAAUUAUUUUUUCCAUCUGCACUGGGUGGAGCGUUGGUAAUUUAAUUGGUUCUGGUUCACUUUUUAUACAUUAUAAUAAAACUGCACUAUUACACAAUGUAUAUAUUCAUCUAUAUCAGGCAUAACAUUAUGAGCACUGAUAGGUGAAGUGUAUAACGCUGAUGAUCUCCUCAUCAUGGCACCUGUUAGUGGGUGGGAUAUACUAGGCAGCAUUUUGUCCUCAAAGUUGAUGUGUUAAAAGCGGGAAAAAUGGACAAGCGUAAGGAUUUGAGUGAGUUUGACAAAGGGCCAAAUUGUGAAGGCGGAUAGACGACUGGAUCAGAGCUUCUCCAAAACUGCAGCUCUGCUGUUAAUAUCUUGGUGCCAGAUACCACAGCACACCUUCAGGGAUCUAGUGGAGUCCAUGCCUUGAUGGGUCAGGGCUGUUUUGGCAGCAAAUGGAUGACCAACACAAUAUUAUGCAGGUGGUCAUAAUGUUAUGACUGA